AUGGGCGACCAGGUCCCAUCCUCCAGCAAAAAACAAGCAGAUAAAACUGCAAAAAAGAAGCCCAGAGAUAAAGCUGUUGUGAGUUCAUUAAUGCUUUAAAGAUAGUAUCUUAAAUCUUACCGAAAAUUGUCCUCAUCUAAGUUUGUGCAACUAAUGUGCGUAAUUUUUCUACAAAUGUGUAAUGGCUGUAUAGUAUUCCUGUCGAGAUUGCUUAUAGAGUAAUGUUAGAAACUGAAAAAAUCUUUGAAAAAAAACCUCAUUUUAUGCAACGGGGCAAAUGGCCAACUUGCUAAAAGAUGAGAAUUUGGGAGAGGCAAAGUGUGACACUUUCAGAAAGGCUGGCAGCUUUUCAGCCCCUGCCGGAAAUUUAAAGUUUUUCAUUGGAUCAUAUGAUUUUAAGGACGUAAUGAAUUUUCCAAAUUCAGGACCUCCUUGGCGGAAUAUUCGCGACAAUGGACGCCGACGGUGGGAAAUUCAAAAACAACAAACCUGCUGCACCUCGCCCGAAAACAACACGCGCGGAAGUGAAGACUGAAAAUCAAGCUCCGGACGUUAAGCCGCAAACUUUAACCGUAAGAGAACCGCUUUCAAAGUCACUGGGAUCGUGAUUCCAGGCCCCAACGUCUUCCAGCUCCACCAGGUAUCGGAUCCCCAAACGCACUGCAGGCCAGGAAAGAACUGCCCCACCUCAAAUUUCUGACGUCACCAACAAGCGUCCCAGAGCAGAAGAUUCCUGUGAGUCGCAAAAAGCAAAACCCGAUAUAACGAAAUUGAUGAAAUCCCAUUAUGUAGCCAUAAAUGCUUGAGAGAGGAGCUAAACUUAUAAUAACUUCGGAUUAUUUUCAGCCGCUAUCAAACUCGGCGCGGAAGUCCCAGUUAAAAUGAACCUGUGGCAAUUCGAUAUCAGUAAAGGUCCUGAGUUCGUUGACCAAAUUCACGUUCAAAUUUUCGUGAAAAAGGAAAGUGGGAAGGAACUUCCAUGUACCGACAAAAACAUGAAAAACGAGUAAGUUUUUAUUUGAAGAUUAAAAAAUCAACAGCAUUACAGCAUCUGGGACCAAAAGCGGCGCAAAGCGAAUUUCGCAUUCUUGCGUCAGCUUGUGCAAGAAGCUGGCGUUUUCCUUGACCCCCAAGCUGAAACUAACGAACAAAAGAAGAAAAACCAGUACAAUUACGUUUACGAUGGAUUUUGUGUCCUUUAUGGGCUCCCCGGUCUGUUCCAAGGAGCCAUGGACGAAGUCUUGGAACUGGAGUUUCAAAGUGAUGAGGUUCGGUUUUGAUGAUAAGGCAUGAAAAGUUUGAAAAAAAAAGUUUAAUCAAAACGUGAGGUUGAAGUAGCUUAGUUUGACUUUUUUCAGCUUCUUCAGUUUCAUAGAUCCAUCUUCGCUCACAAACUGAUCUCCAUUAGCGUGAACUUGAAAAAAACGAGGAAGGUGAGUAUAUAAUCAAGACAAAAUAUGAAACUAAAGUUACAGGUUUCAAUCAAAGGUUUUGACAGUACAGCUAAUCCAGAGAUUCUGGUAGAAGCGGCUCGGUUCUUCGAGAUUCUUUCAUCUCAAUACAUUUUUGAUGGGUUUCUUUCGGAUUCCGAUUCACUAAACAGAUUUUUCAACCCUUCAGAAGAUAUUUUCUCUACGGCACUCGAUUCUAUCGGGCUAGUAAUGACAACGAUUUGGACCUGGGUGAUCAGUUGCCGGGCAGAGUUGUCAAGUUGGGAUAUGAAAGAAGUGUCCGUUUCAUCGACAAUGACAAUCAGGCGACGCCUAUUUUGGUUGUGGAUGGUUUGUGCAAGAGAGAUUUACAAGUUGUUACGAAGCGCUUGAGUUUUCAGUCAAAUGUGCUCCUUUCUACAAAAAACUUUCGGUUAUGGAAUUUCUGGCCGAGCUGCUCAAGUGUCGCCCUGAGUGAGUUUUAUUGGAGAGUUACAUUUAGGAAAUGCGCAUUUCCAGAGAUAUUGAUCAGGUUUGUCGUGAAGCAAAAGGAAAAGUGGUCACAGCGCUGAAAGAAAUGAAGGGUGAUUUUUCCACAAGUUUCUCAAUAUCAAAUAAAUUUCUAGACCUUGCGGUGAGAACGACUCAUCUGAUAAAAACAGACGAUUUUGACAAGAACUGUCCCUUUUUUGUUCAUGGCGUGAGCGAAUUAUCUUCCAAAGAGUGAGAUUUAUUUUGAACUGUGUUCAAUCAAAGCUCCAUAGCAAAUGUUUUCAGGUACACGUUCGAACAAGAAGAUAGAGAGGUAACUGCGUUCCAGUACUAUCAAGAGAAAUACUUUCGCACUCUCGCUCAUCCCAAUUUACCUCUUUUGAUUCAAAGGACAGCGAGAUAUUUGAACUUGUAUCCACUCGAGGUUGAAUUAUUCUCAUUUUUUGCAUAAAAUUUUGAAGUUCAGUUUCUGGAAGUGGAGGCCGGUCAAAAGAUGAAACAGAAUAAAAUCAACGCUUCCGUCGUGAGUUAAUUUCAAUUGUCCAAAAUAUUGUUUUCACAAUAUUUCUUGAUCAACAAAUAAUUAAUUUCAAAUUUUAAAUGCUUCAAUAUAAAACAAUGUUUCAGCAAGAUAUUGUGACAACCAUGUCGCAAAUGCUGCCGGAGGAGUUGACGGAAGUGCUCGAUGGAGCCCUCGUCGACAUGAAUAUCGGCCAAAAAGGAAAUCGCUAUUUUCGAGCGUUUAAUGUCAGUUUUUUUGAAACAUUAUUUAACCAUCCGAAAGUUUUCUCUUUUCAGAUUUCUCUGAACACGCAAAGGAUGACCGUGAAAGCCAAGAUGAUUCCGGGACCACAAGUCGUCUUCAAAAAGUAUGUUUAGGCCUUCAUUUACCGAGUAUCUUGAUGACAUUCAAAAUGAAAACCUAAAACCAACCUUAAAUUUUUUACGACAGUUCUGAAGUAAGUGGGCACUUCAACGUGAAAGUAUCUGAGAUCUUGCUGGAAUCAGCGGAGAGGGGAAUUCUGAGUCAGUCAGAGAAACUGCUCCCUCCACCUUUCAAGAAAAUUAUGUCGUUCAAAAAUUUGAACCUUGCAUACGCGAAAAAGCGAAAAAAGUUACUUCAUGAUUCAUAGUCUCUAUCUAUCAUUGCCGCGGAAGAAAAGACAUUUUUUGUGAGUUUUAGACCACAUAGUCAAUUUAUCCUGACCUCCUUCGCCUUUCAAGUUGGGAAGGAUUGUCUAUAGCUGGACGGAUAAAAAAAAAAGUGAAAAGCCUGAACUUCCUUUUGCCGCACAAUUUUAACAAGUCAGAAAAAUUUCACUUUUCAGCACGACCGUGGAAAUGAAAGAAGGCAACAUACACGUUCCUUCGUUCGCGGGAUUCUACCGUGCUGCCACCGUCAAGACGAUCGCAUUUGCGACUUUUGGAGUUCCGUUGCCAGAGUGAGCAUUCUCCAACUAUCUUUCAAGCAUCGGAAAGUUCCAGAGAUUUCAUUUCGAAGUUUUUCAACGGGGCCAGGAAAAUGGGCAUCAAGAUUCUACAACGUGAAGACCAGUGCAAAUAUUUCCGCUUGAUGCCUGAUAAUCCGGAGUUGCUGAAAGAAACAAUGGAAAAGAUAAAGGGGAAAGUCGAUAUUCUGUUCGCUAUAUCCGACGGAACAUGCCGCGGAGUUCAUGGUUAGCAGUUCUUUCUUGCAAAUUCCAUUGUAGCCGAAUUCUACAAAUAUUAAUGCUUCUUUCUUGGACUCAAAAAUAGGCUCACUUGGAGAAGUUGAAACUGAGAAAUUAAGUUCGUUCAUAUCGAAUUUGAAUUAAACUGUGCCAUAUCUUAUCAAAAUUCUGAACUUCCGAUUAGAAUGAAAAAUUUUGUCAUAUAAGUUCCUCUCACGAAAAAAUUUUACAUUCAUUUUUUUCAGAAUAUUUGAAGCUUUUCGAAGCAACGGUUGGCGUUCAAACGCAACAUAUCGCGUACAAGCACGCCGUGAAGCUUUCAUUCGCUAUUGAACGCGAUGUUCUGUUCAAGAACAUCAUGCGAAAGUUCAACCUCAAAACAGGAGGUUUGAACUUCACGCUCAAAGUUCCGCAGAAGCUCUGCGAAAACAUCAGCAAAAGCGAGGAGUGAGUGACCUUUUUCGGAAAAAUGAUUUGAAAUUUAUUGUAGACUCCAAAACAAGCUGUUCAAAAACACCAUGAUCGUUGCUCUCGAUCUUUCACACGCGGCAGCUCAACAAAAAUGGGACAGACAGGCCAAAGCCCCCAUUCAAGAACCAUCUUUCGUUGGCGUGAGUACUUAUGAUCUUCAUAUGACAAAAAAUUGAGAAUCCAAGUCGAAAAACUCUAUUUUUGGAAUCAGUGAAACAGACAAAAAGAGUUGUAGUAGGGUUCUUAUCACCAAUCUGAUUGAUUUUCAGAAAAAUUGUAAAAAAAAAGCUUUUAUGAUUUUGACCCGCAGUGUAUUAAAAGCAUCCUUGUGACUUCCAAAGUAGCAAAUUUACAGGUAUCGUUCUCGUUGCGUGAACCCACUGAACUCGGAGGAUAUUUCUGGCCGCAGAAGCCGCGGGAACAUGAAAUUCUCGAUUUGGGAAGUCACCUCUUGCAGGCGGUUCGGAGGAACGCCAAUCUGAACGGUCGUCUCCCUGAAAAAAUCGUCAUCUACCGAUCUGGUGUCGGCGAGACCGGCGUUAUAAUGGUGAGCGAUAUUCAGAUCUUCUUUACAAUCCAAGAACAAAUUAAGGUUCAACGUGAAGCUCGAAACGUCAGGGAUGCCCUCAGACUCAAUGAAGAGCUGAAAAAGAUGAACAAUGGCCGGCCCUACGAGCCAGCCUUCGUGGUUCUGCUUGUUCAAAAACACAGCAACUAUCGGUUAAUUCAUACCUUCUUUAAUACAACCUGAUAUCAUAUUUUUAGGAUGGUUCCUGUUGAAAUUCGAGGACGCAAGGCAAAUGAGCAAAACGUCAAGUCCGGCACUUACAUUGAUCACACGAUUCUGACCUCUGGCUAUGAUGAUUUUAUCCUGGUUUCGCAAAAGUCCAUGAUGGUAUGCUUUGUUUUGCAUCGAGAUUGAUAAAGAUGGGAGGCUCUUCAGGGCACCUGUCGUCCAACUCGCUACACUGUCGUCCAGAACGACGUCCGUUGGCAUAAAGACGAGAUCGUCUUCUUGACGUAUGCACUGGCCUACGGUCAUCAAGUCAACUUCGGCGGUGUCGCGAGUGUCACCGACACCCUUUUCGGAGCUGAAAACAUGGCCAAGCGUGCCCGCUCCAAUUUUAUGGGUUUGCGGUACGUUCAAUGAGUCUCAACAAACGAUUAAGAGCAGGAAACGGCUAUUUUGAACGAAUAUAGAAAAACCAUGUUGAAUGAUUAGAAAAGAUGCUUUGAAGGACCCCGAAGAACCUUAAGGAAAGGAAUUUUUCAAAAUUUUCUACGCUACUGGAACGCUUAUUUUCAAACUAAAAGGCAAGAAAAAUUUGAACUCAAGGUUUGAGUUAGGAAAAAAAAAUUCCUAUUUUCCUGAAAUGUCAUUUCGAAACAAGAAUUAUACUUGAAGUAAAUACUUCCACAGUUUCCAAUCAACGAAAAGUUUCAAUUUGACUAUGAAAAUUUUCAUCCAAAAAGAGGUCCAAAAAAACCUUAUCGACUUUUUCUACAGUUUGCGCGCUAAUCUCCUCAGUAUGACCCUUCUGAUUUCAUUAAAUACUACCUUAACUUUCAAACAAAUUAGCUGCAGAUUAGUUGCAAAUAUUAAUUAAUUCGAACUUCAUGCGAUAUUCAAUUUCUACUGAAAAUUCUCUAUACCAAAUUCCUGAUGCUGUCGGUUGAUUAUUCUAAUUGAGUAUAUUUUCAGCCAGUUCGAGCUCCCGUACGAUGAAUUGAACAGCACUGAAAUGCCUCAGGACUCGCGAAGCGGAAACGUUUUUGACGAGCUGGCCAACAAGUUAUCUGCCUUGUCGAUGAACCACAUGUUCUGGGCCUGA